AUGGUUCGUUCAUUGAAGGAAGAUUCUUCAAAUUCUGGCAAAGGAAAAUCUACAGCUAACACUUGUCCAGCUGCUUCAAAGGCACCACAUUGGAGAAUUGAGUGCGUUAUUAUUGUAGGAGAUGAUUUAAUUUUUUUAAGUUUAUUUUUUAAGGUGUGUGUCAUCACAAAAUGGGACAGUUUAAUGUAUUUUAGGAAGAAAAACUUUGUUCACAAAGAUGCAAAUCCAGGCGAGUUCAAGGUUUACAUUCGCUCUCAAUUUUGUGAGUCACCACUUGAGGUAAGUAAUGUUCUAUACACUACAGCCGGCUUUUAUUUUUUAAAAAUUUUUAUUUUUUCACAAAUUAUUUUUUUUAGUUUUAAAAUUAUUUUAAUUUUUAUUUUAGUUCCGCUAUUGCAAGGCAAAAUACACGUCGAAGUCGGAUUGUCGUGACGAACAAAUCGACCUGUUCCUGAAAGAGCUCGAAGCGACCGGUCUUGUCGAUGCGAAAGGAAUGGCCAAUAUUAACAACGCAAUUGACACCAUUUUUUCAAUGAAGGGCGAUUUCAGCUCGUUGAAGUCCAUGUUUGGCGCUGACUACAAUAUUCAUCGAAAGCACAGCUCGAUUACAGUACGCACUGCCAUUCCCGAGUACAUCAACGUGGACAAGCUGCAGGGAGCCCAUCAAAUUUUGUUGUAUCCAAAUGACUGGUCCAAGUGUUAG